AUCAAAACUCUAGACUCUGCUCCGCGUCUGCAUUAGCUAACAAAAAGCAUCAUACCAAGAACAUACUCAAGACAUCUCAAAACAGUACAAAAUGCCAUAUACCAUCCAACCCGGCGGCUACAUCGACCCGACGUCGAGCGCCAGCUCCGGACCCGUGGAAGUCGACCCCAGCGCUCCAGGCUCAGUCAUGCGCUACGCCCUAGGCUUCGAAACCAUGGCCAACGCCAUAGGCGGAACAUGGAUGGUCUUCUUCCCCCAGACCUUCCUCAGCAUGCUUGUAAACUCAUCCUCAGAUAUCACUCCAACAGCAGUGACCUGGACUCAAGUCACCGGCGCUCUGGUGUACGCUCUUGCCACUCCUUUGAUCUUGGGUAUUCCCAACACCAGAAGGGGUAUUGAAAGUAGAGCUCCUACUUAUUACACUCUUGCUGCUGGAGAGGUUGGUGUGGUGGCUGUUGCUUUGUACAAGGCGUUCGUGUUUGGCGAUGACAGUGGGUGGUCGAGAAAUGCCUUGUUGGCUGCCAGUGCUGUCCUGGCUCCUACUUUGGCUUGGAGGUUCUAUGUCUUGUUUGGAAAGCCAGAGUGGAUUGGUAGAUAUCGUGAGACUGUCCGCAAAGGCCAGUAAGGGCUUGGGAUGAGUUAGAAGCGAUAUUACUGGCAAGUUGCUUGCGAUAUGAUCUUGUUUAUUAGUCCUUCAUGUAUUCUUCGAGUGCCGUCAAGAUUAUCUUGUCGUCAUGAUCGCUUAGUAUCAUUCAAGACUAAAUCAAAACCAGCGAUGUCAUCGCUCACGGGUC